GUUAACGUUCAUGAGCCCGCCCAUCGACGAUCGCAAUGCCCCCAUCCGCCCGCAAGAGUAGCGUCGGUGGCGCCCGAAGAGCGCCAACCAAGUACAUCCCCUACCGCGCAGAUGAUUUCCAGCAUGGCAAGAAGACGGGCAUGGCUGUCGCCUAUGUCGACCACCGCUCGGACGAGUUCGAGCCGUUUGACAAGGUUAUGAGCCAGGCGGACCAGCGCACACCGCCUCGCGUGCAGAACUCCCGCAAGAGGCGUGCGCAGACACCGAAGCCGAAGACUCCAAGGACGCCGGCCGUACAGGAGGUCGAUGAGGACGGGGAGAUGUCAAUGGAGUUGGAAGAUAGUAUACCAAACUCGCCCUCUGCGUACUUUGCGAACGCCCGUGUGAAUACGAUCACCUCCAGUGUUCCGCGGGUGGGCUCGUCCUCCCGGCCUGUCGCACAUUCCUCGGACGUCGACUUUGACAAAGUGCCCUCUCCGCGCGAGUCGCCCGCUUUCUCACAUCGACGUUCCCUUGGUCAGUCGAGGAAUUCUGGUCCCUCGAAUUUGUCACAGUCUACGGUGGCUCAGGGUGAGGAUGAGGAACCCGUGGAUGACGGGAUGGAGUUUGGUGGGCCGGACUUUGACGGGGGCGGAGGCUUCGACUCAGAUGAUGACGAGCCUUCGCAAUCGUAUCAGGGUCCACAAUCCUCUCAGCGGCGUUCAAGUGUACAUACGCCGAGGCGGACGAGCUUCGCCCAGAUGGACCAGGACGAUGAAGACGAACGAGAGCAGGUCGAACAGCUGACAGACAACGAACCCACGCCGAAAGCGAAGGGCAAGCAACGCGAUACUGGGGAUGUGCCUCAGCCGGACUAUGAGAUGGAGGACAACAUCUCGCGAGGUCUUGCCGAGGUCGAGCAGGAACCCACGGACGAGGAGGAUGUGCCCUUGCGUAAACGGACAGGACAGGACCGCGGCGAUGACGACAGCAUCGAGAAACACCAACGGCCGAGCAAGAAAGCACGUACAGAGAAUGAAGGCGCCAAGAAGCCGCGCGGUAGACCCAAGGGGUCGAAGAAUUACGUCCUGCGGGAAGUCACUCCCAAUGAUGAGAACACGGAUGGCCUGCGUCGUGGGAGGCGCCUGCGAUAUAAGCCACUCGACUGGUGGAGGCUCGAGAAGGUCGUGUAUGGCCGACGGGAGACAGGCACGUCGUAUGUGCCGACCAUCAAGGAGAUUCAUCGGAUACCGAAGGAGGAACCUCUGCCAUUGGGUGCAAAGCAUCGCAGAAAGCGUCCGCCGCGCAGCAAGAGUAAGACCGCCGACGAAGCGCAAGGGGCUCUGGUUUUCAACCCCGAAGAAGGGUGGGAUGAGGACACGCAGGCUGAAGCCCUGGUCAUCGACUACAAGUCGAAGGAGGAUAUCCCGAAACGCAUCGCGUUUACGGCGAAGAUGGUCACGCCAAAGGCGGCAGCUAAUAAUGACUUCUACUUCCAGAAGGUCUUUGGCGAUGCGGACUUCAUUGCCGCCGGAGAACUCAUCAUCCCUCCAGAUGGGCAGAAGCCCACCAAGAGUACCAAGGAUAACACAUUCGUAUUUUAUGUCAUCGAGGGUGCAGUGAACCUCACGGUGCACAAGACGAGCUUCAUUCUGGCAACAGGCGGCAUGUUCCUGGUCCCGCGAGGGAACAUGUACCACAUCCGGAACAUCUCCGAGCGCGACGCAAAGCUGUUCUUCGCUCAAGCUCGCAAGGUCUCGGACGAGGAAAUGGAGGAAGAUAGGAGGUCCGCUCGCAAGAGCCGUGGGUCGUCCGCGUCAGUCGGCCCUACCACCGCUGUCCGUUCGUCCUCAGAGCCACAGCCUCCUGCUACCGCAGCAGGCGCAGCGGCGUUGAAGCGCGCCGCCUCGUCCAGGACGAAAUGAAGGACUCGCGUUACUGUGUCGUGCGGUCCAUCGGAGCUAUGCAACAUUCUCAUGCCGUAUGAAGUCUAUAGUCGCGUCUUGUAUGAUUAUAUGGUUAUGCACUUUAGUAUUCCCAACGAUGCUGGUGUG